AUGGAAGUAGAACGUGAUUUUUCUAACACAGACGUCGUUAAACUGGCACCACCCGUUGUUCUGCCAUCUUCAAAUACCAUUACGAUUGAGACAACGACCUCAACAUCGUCACCGCAGCACAGCCUCAGCGGUGGCGUCGUCGGCGUCAGCGUCAGCGGCGGUGCCAGCGCAAGUGCCGGCUUGGGCACAAUUGGCAUCGGCAGCACCCUCUGCAGCAGCGGCGACAGUGGCAUUUCGUCGUCCACCCCAUCGUUGGUCUCACAACUGUCACCGCCGCCCACCAUAAUAUGCAACGUUCCGACAUCUUCGGUCUCCAACAACAUUGCCAACGUCAAUACGCCCAUCAGCGUAGGCGCGGCGAUUAGCAGUAGCGCCGCGGCUGCGGGUCGUUGCAGUCCUAUUAUAAGCGGCGGUUUCUGCGCGCUCACCAAUGGCCUAGCAGCCAUUUCAGUGUGCAGCCAUACAGGCAAUACGUCUAUUUAUGGCGUUAGUGGUGGUGGUGGCGGCAGCGGUGGUGGUAGCGCCAGCAAUUGCAACAUUAUCGGUAAGCCCAAAUCAUCGUUAAGUCCGCUACAAAGUCUUUCUAUCGGCGGCAGUCUUUCUUCAUACGGUGGCAGUAGCGGUGUUGGCGUAGGCAGCAGCAGUGGCAAUGGUAGCGGCAGCCAGCAGCACACCGCUCAGUAG